CUUCGGAGUACGGACGCAAAGCCGGAAGACAAUGGCGGCGGCCGUUUUGAAGAGAUUGUGGCCCCGAAGCCGCGGAGCGACUGGUGACACUGCGGCCGCGAAGCCCGGCGUGUGGGCACGGUUGGGCGCCUGGGCCCGCGCGCUGCUCCGGGACUACGCUGAGGCCUGCGGGGACGCGGCGGCGGCGGCGAGGGCCCGACCCGUGCGGGCGGCCGUGUACGUGGGGCUGCUGGGUGGCGCGGCGGCCUGCUGCGCCCUCGCGCCGAGCGAGGCGGCCUUUGAGGAGGCGCUGCUCGACGCGUCGGGGACCCUCCUGCUGCUGGCGCCCGCCACGCGCAACCGCGACUCGGAGGCGUUUGUGCAACGGCUGCUCUGGCUGCGGGGUCGCGGCUGCCUGCGCCACGUGAGCCUGGGUCUCUGCUCGCUGGUGUACGAGGCGCCCUUCGACGCCCAGGCCAGCCUCUACCAGGCCCGCUGCCGCUACCUGCAGCCCCGCUGGAUCGACUUCCCGGACCGGAUCCUGGAUGUGGGCUUCGUGGGCCGCUGGUGGGUGCUGGGGACCCGGAUGCGCGACUGCGACAUCAACGACGACGAGUUUCUGCACCUGCCGGCACAUUUGCGCGUCGUCGGGGCCCACCAGCUGCGCUCGGAGGCCAACGAGCGGCUCUUCGACGAGAAGUUCAAGCCCGUGGUGCUCACCGACGAUCAGGUGGACCAGGCGCUGUGGGAGGAGCAGGUCUUGCAGAAGGAGAAGAAGGACCAGCUCGCCCUGAGCCAGGCUGACCCGCUGGUGCCGUCGGAAGUCGCGAGGUGAAACCCAGACCAGCCUGGGUCCCGAUCGGGCUCUGAGCCCCGGCAGACUGUUGGCCCGGGAUUGUGCAGUUGGUGCGAGUGAGCCUCAAACGCUGAGUGACAGAAAUAAAUUAUUUGCACUGUUCUCUCCCUGCGUUUUCACAAAAUCGGGGGCCUCCCUCUCACCUGUUGAUUGUGAGCUGACGCUAAUUCAGAGCCUCCUUGGUCUAGGAGUUGGAGAGCGGCAUGCCAUGUCAUGUUUAGCACUGCCAGAGUUAGUAGGGAGCAUUAGACCGAAAUAAGCCUUUUUUCACGGGGCUUCACAGCCUAAGGUAUCACAGUUGUUCGGUAACUCUCAAGCUCUACUAAGAACUUUGAGACUGACCUGGGAUAGGUGAAGUGCCCUUUCCACACCUCAGAUUCCUUCUCUGUAAACAGGAGCACAAUCUGUUCGGGGUGUUAGCAAAAUCAGAGACCACCAGAAAGCACUUGGUACCUAGCAGGCCCUCGCGGUGUGCAGUGGGGAUGAGUGGGGAGGAUUGCGGCUCUCACUCCACACCCUUCCUGCCUGACCCUGGGAAGGGAGCACAGCUCCCCAGCUUCACCUGCAGCCCCGCAGAGCCGCCCCGGGAAGUGCUCAGUAAACGGAGGAGCACAGAGCUGGGAGCCUGGGUUCGCUUCUCUCUCAGAACAAAAGGACGCUUGGCUAUAACAGGAGCAUUUUCCAGUUCUGUCUUUCUCUUUUCUUUCUGAAGUAGCUUGAAUCACGUCAGCUUUCCAGGCCAGUCCAGGAGUUGGCCUCUAGAUGUCCUCAGGGGCUGCAGGAGCCGGGCCGGGCGAGGUGCCUACUGUACUCGCCAGGCACGCGGGGGCGCAGGUGAGACACGGGCAGAGGUGCUCCGCUCUGCCUCACCCAGGCCAGCCCCUCUGGCUGUGAGUCCUGGCCCUGUCUUCCGGGACCCCACAAGUGUGCUGGGUGCCCCCGAGGGGAGGCCCGCCUGUGACCAUGGGGCAAGGCAGGUCUACCACCCGCCAGAGCCCCAUGGACCCCUGCGAAGAGCUCGGGCACCACAUGGCCGUCACACACACCAGGCGAACCUGGAGUUUAGAAGUUCACUGCCCACUGACCCUGCAAGGGACCCCCUUGUUAUUAUUAUUUUUUUUUAAUUUUAUUUAUUUAUUUAUUCACUUAUUUAUUUG